AAUCCCAGGAACAGGCCCAGUUUAUUAUGUCAAAUUUUGGAAGCAUUCGAAAUUGUACACAUUUAUUUUUACCUGGCAUUAACGUAAGUGAUACUUGGAAUUUUCGUGUGUGUUUUUUUUUUUUUUCUAAAAAUACAGACAAAUAUUUCGAAAAAACCGGCAUGUUUUAGUACGCGGUAGUUAGAUCCUAUUUCUAUACAUUUUUGUUUUUCGUCAAAUUUUUCACGCCCCCGCCCCCAAUCCCGCACUCGUUUUAAAAAUUAAAUUCAAAUAGUUUUGAAACGAAAGUCUCGUCUGGGAAAAAAAGGCAGGCAAAAUAAAAAUUCAAAUAUCAAUAAAACUUUCGGUUCUAUUUAGUAAAAAACAAAAAAAAAAAAGGCAAAAUUUUUCGCGAUCCAAUCCGGUGUGAAGUGAUCGGGAGACCUCCGCUCGCAGAAAAGUAGAAAGCGGCAGGACGAUUCCAGGACUCAUCUCAUUCAGUCUACACACUCUCACACACACACACCAUACACACACAUACACACACACACACACGAAGACACAGAGACACAUUCAUUUUGAUUCGAUCGGUCCUGUAUCGAUUAUCCGAAAAUCGUAAUCAUCUGAGGACAUCGACUUUAUUCGAUCAAAAGGCAGCAGCAGCAGGAUGAAGCCCGAUCAGUUGAAUCGCUUGAUACGAGCCAAUAGCCGGAUGCAACCCUGGUUUCUAAGGAACACCACUGAGCUGUACGAGAGCGCCGUAAGGACCUACUAUGAGCGCAGCUCUGCCGCCAUUCCUUACUCUGCACACAAUCGCAAUGCCCGCCAUCGUUAUGAGAAUAUCGGACCCGUUCGAAAACUAAAAAGAGCCCAACCGGAGCCCACCGCCGCCGACAAUUAUCCGCGAAAUCAUCGCCUUCAGGCGGAUCUGGCGGCCAGUUCCAAUUCCAAUCAGCUGCUCAAUACCGUCCUCCAGGCAACUCGCCGCCGCUCCAUGUCCUUUUCGGUGGGCGGAUCUCGGCCCGGAGCCGGUGGCAUGACCAGUUCCAGUACCGCCGCCGCCGCCGCCGCCCAGCCGUACACCGUCUACGGCCAAUCGAUGUUGAGUGCCAGCAGUUCCAGCUGCUCCACCGCCACCAGCACCAGUGCCACCUCCCAGGACGGACUGUUCUCUGGACCGUUCGAUCGGCGUUUCCGCAAAACCAAGUCCACCAAGAAGCGGGAUAAGAAGAACCAGCCGGAAGAGCCCCUCAACAUGGGCCUGUUUAAUGCCCGUUCGGUCAGCCUGCCGCCACGUCCCUCCAUUUCGGGCCUGGGCACCAAUUUGGUGCGUCCCAUGCCGCCCGGCAGGAAGCAUCACUUCGAGUCCUUGCAGAAAAAUUCUCAGGUCAACUUCCGAAAUCUUCCACAAAACGAGGACGACAAUCUAAUGGUGGUGGAUGCGAACUUGAAACGUCGCAUCUCUGUUGUGGCAUUCGACGGGGAGGCGCCCCAACAAGGGCAUGGCAAGGUGCGAUCCAAACUGUUGCCGAAAGAUGGAGGAGUUGGUGGGAAGACAUCGGAUAUGGCCGGUAGCGAUACAGGAAUCGGAAGUACGGCAUGGAGCGGUAAAAGAGCCGUCACCGGAACUGGCACCGGAACUGGCACCGGCACUGGCAGUGGCAACGAGAGCGGAAACAGUGAUGGGAGCGAGAUCGUCAGCCAAUCGUCGGAGGUGCGUUUCCGCUUUCAGACAUUGGCCGAUCGGAUCAAGCAGUUCGAGUACAUUCAGUUUGCGGACGGACCCGUUACCAGUUUCGCCUUCGAUCGCCGCAAAAAGAUCGCCACCACGGAGAAGAAGGAUAAUGCUAGUAUUGCCCGGAAACCGAGACAGGACACCGCCGAGACCGAGAUAUCAAAGACAACAUCAUCAUCGUCCGUAACUCCGAUAAGGAACGAAUCGGCGCUGCGUCGAAAUCUAAUGAUCGAACAGCCACGUCAACUUGGCUACAAUAAUGUCCUUCAUUCGAAUCACCGUCAGAGGAGUCGUAGCCUGGAAUUGCCGGCACAGAUAAUGGAAUCGAUUGGUUUUUUGAAUCGCCUCGGAAAGAAAGCAAAUGCAACAAAUAGUCCCCGAGGCUCCAGUUUGGAUAGUACAUCCCGAUCAUUAUUCCGGGCAGGCACAACCUCCACCUGGGCACCCAUUUUUGGUAAAAAUUCAGAUAGUGCAGAAGCAUCGACCUCAGACUCAGAUGUUAAACCAGAAACCCCAGUGAGAACUGCUGGCGGAUCUCUGGCUUCCAGCUGGAUGACGGCAUUCGAUCACCCAUCAUCCAUAAAUUCAAAAUCCCACAAAAAUAUUUCAUGUGAAAAUUCGGGCACCACGUUGGGCGCCAAUCGUUCAGAUAGUACCGGAAAGAUACGGCUCCAAACACCCAUAUUCACAGCCCCCCCCGUAACUGGUAUUGCAUCCCCCCCUAAAUCCCUACCGGCAUUAGUAUCUGAGGCAAAUCUUUCGGAUAUGAAUUGGAGGAAAAAAUCCCAAACAAAUGGAUCAAAUACCAAUAAUAACAACUGGACAAUUGGAUAUAAUACGAAUUAUGGAAGUAAGACCUCGACAGGACCACCACCGCACACUUCUUGGGCAGGAAUUUCAAAAAGCGUUAAAAUGGGUCCUAGUUUCGGGCCGGGAGAGUACGCUUCCGGAUUGAUAUCGGGAACUUCAGAGGACACUCUGAGGAACAAUUACCGUGCAUCCACCGCCGGAUCAUCUACCGCCAGCAGUACCGAGACAAUACGCGCCGCCAAACGUGCCACCACCGCUCCGGCAACGUCCCGAGAGAAGUCCCCCGCGGAUCCAUCCAAAAAAUCACCAGUAUUGGUAUCCCAAUCGUCCGAAAUAAAUAAAACCAAUGUGUCGCCAGUACGACGUUAUCAAAUGCAGAGCCUUCAAGUAGCCAAAAAGGACACAGAGACGCCAUUGCUAAGCACCAUCAUGAUGAAGACGAAACCGGUGCGUACGUCGAAGAAAUCAGUGGAACAGCAAGUGACCUCCAGUGUGGCCAAGGUCAAGACGAAUGUGAUCAGUCGCACCAGUCAUCGGGCACAUGUCCAGUUGCCACAGGAUACGCAGAAUUUCACUGCCCGGCUAUCGAAGAAGGGCAGUGGCAAGCCAUCGAGAAUCGAAAGGAAACAACAGGACGAUGAUUCGAAUCAGAUGAUGGCCGAGAAGAGUGCGGAUCAACGCGAAAAGGACGUGGGCGGACGGGAGCAUGAGGGGCGGGAUGUGUCAGGGGUGGAAGUUGCAUCCUCCCCUUCAUAUGUGACGGGUACGCCACUGGGCAAGCAGCCCGUCUAUCCAAAAGGAGCCAAUCAGCUGCUGGUUGCAAGUGCCACUCAGGUGUCGGCCUACAAGCGUGCCUUCCGCAGCCAGCAGCAGAUGCUCAAGGCGGAGAUGCUGCACCAGCAGGCGAAGCUCCUACAGCAGGAGGACAACCUUCAAGCUAACUCCCCGCCUCCGACUCCCCAUCCGAGGGCAAUGCCCGCACCGUCGCCCCCGGUUGCCAUGAAAUUCAUGUCCGGUGAUGUGGCGUCGGGUGGUGGUCUUCCGAUGACCGCACCGCCGCUUCGAAGCCACCGGGCACCGCCGUUGCCCACCGGUCGGGCCGGAGUUCGUCCCAUUGUCCGGCGUAACGGUGCUGGGGAAAGUGCACCGCCCAAUCGUAGCCGUGGCCUGGCCGUUCGCCAAUCCAGGGGGGAUGUGGGGGGAGCUGGAACCACCAAUCAGAAAACUGUAAAAAGUAGCACGGCAGGACUACGGGUUAAGGCAGCUGCAAAGACAGCUGCUCCCGUUACAACGCCCGUACAAGCGACCAAACGCCGUUUUCCAACACGGACGCCGGCUACCUUCCGCUCUCUGCCAGAUUCGAAAACAACAAAAGCAAAAACAACGGUCCGGAUAGCUGUACCACAACUAAAAAUAACAACAACAGCAGGGAGCAGACAAUACAAUUCAAAUGCGGCAAAAGAGAAAGAGCGCCUCAGAGAGAGGACCAAAGAGAAGGAUCAGAGAGAUCGGGAUCGUAAUGAAGAGGGAGCACGAGCCAGAAUGGCGGGGGGCGUUGCCGAUUCGGGGGCAGAUGGGGCCGUGGGCAUAGCCAGUGCUGCGGCAACAACACAUUCAACACGGCCCAGACGUACGACGCUGGCGCUGACAGCGCCGCAGCAGCAGCAGCAGCAGCAUUCGCGACAUGGUAACGGUACUAGUAAUUCGCUUCUCGGCUUCCGGCGCGAAACGCCCAACCGUGCAGCGUCAACGCUGCUGCAGCGACGCGAAGAGUCAUCCGGAUUGCAGUCUCGUUCACAGUCGCAGUCGCAGUCACCGUCGCAUAUUCAGCCGCAGUCGCAGCGCCGUCAAUUCCAUUAUAACGGUAAUCCUCCCUGGCGUCCCGUUUACUGACGACGAUGAUGAUAAAGAGAAGGACUCAGAGAUGUGAAAAAUAAUCAUCGUAUUCCUUUAUUUUUGGAGACAACAACCAACAAACAAAAAAAAAAAGAGUUGAGAAGAAAAGACAAAGCGAAAAACAAAAUUUAGAAUUCUUCAGGGUUGCACGUAAAUUCCGCUGCUCACUGGACUUGUGGAAACAAAAUUUUCAUUGUGUUUUCCUACUGAGUGUGUUUUUGUAAUGCCAUAACAUUCAGAUACGUAACACGUACAUGUGCUCACAAGUAUAUACAUACAUAUAUAACGUAGACAGAGAGUAACAGAGUGUAAUGAAUAAAUUGUAAAUUAUUGGUAAACAUAAA